GUCAUCUCAGUCGAUUCCUCACCAAACAACCAAUCCUCUACAUCUACAACACAUUCGAUCCAAAAAUGACAUUGACAGAGAAAACGACCGGCACUACCAAGAACAGACUAGCCAAGCUCUUCUUCAAGUUGGACAAGACCAACACCCUCAAAACCACUGCCACCAACGACACGCUGACAGACGGCAACAAGACAGGGGUCCUCGAUGCUGGCAAGGGCGGCAGCGCCUUUGAUGCCCUCGAUGCCCUGACCAACGGAGGAACAUAUACUGGCACAUACUACAAGACAAACACGUACACCCAUCAAUAAUCCAGCCCUGUGUGUCUUGUAAAUAUGCUUCAUGUUAAAUAUUGCAAAUAUCACCCCAUUUACACAUAGCUUUUAGUCUAAUUGUAAAAUCACUGAUUCUCGAUGAG